AUGAUAUUCGCUAUGAUUGUACCGAAACGAAUAGGAAACGAUGAUCUGACAUGGCGUUUGUCAUUGAGUUUUCCCGAACUUCUUUUGACAAAUUCAUUUCAAGACAAACAAAAGAAAUGCUACAUUCUUUUAAAUGCUAUUGUGCAAGAGUUAGACCCCGUACAAUUAGAAUUAUUUAUUAAAAAACCAGUUUUCAUGAUGAUUACUAUGGAGAAAAAUUUUAAACAAUUUGCAAAUAUCUUAGAUAUUCCUAUUCCAAAUGAUUUACACUUAAUGUCUAAUGGUUUUUAUUCAAAACAUAAAAUAUUGAAUUGGUAUUUUAAGUCAUUAUUUAAAUUUGCAUCAGUAAUCAAAGACUCAAUGAAAUUAAUAUAUUUUGAGAAACUUGUUCAUCUAUCAAUAAAAUAUUUUCCAUCCACAAGUGAAUGGUGUUCAACGGUCGAAAAUUUACUAUUUAUGCGGUUAGCUAUGGCAUUUACAAAGUCAUUAAUUAAACAAUUACCAGAAUAUUUUGAAAAGAACACUGAAUUCGAGCAAAAUACAACAAUUAAUGAAAAUUGGUUGUGUAAUAAUGUUUUAGAGCCAAUAACAUUGGUGUUCAGUAUAUUAAGUAAUGAUAAUAAUGAAUAUAGUAAUAUCCUUGAUAACGAACAGUCGUCAAGUGAUUCAGACUGCCAAGAUGUUAAUGAAAUUCAAACAUUACAACAUCUACUACAUAGUAGUGCAUCAAAAAUACAAGAACAGUGUUUGGCAAUUCAUAGUAAAAAGUUGGAGAAAUUGAACAAAGGUCCCAUCGGCCAAAGUUUAUAUUCCUAUUCACAGCAAAUGAUGAAAAUAGCUAAACGAAAAUCUAUUCGUAACAUUAGUGACGAUGAAUACAACGCCAUCAAAUCGUUAAAAGAAAAGAAAAAGAUUGUAAUUUGUAAGGCGGAUAAGGGUAAUUGUAUAGUAGUAAUGGAUAUGAAUGAUUAUCUUAUCAAAUCACAUGAAGUAUUAAAAUUAAAACAAUUCGUUAAAAUAUCAGCAGUCAAUGGAUUAAAUGUAUUGAAAGAAAAUGAAAUGAAAAUGAAUCAGUACUCACGUUCUUCAUAUCUCAAAAAUAUAAUUGAACAACCAUUAUAUUAUAGACUUCGGUCCACCAGUGCCUCACUUAGUGUUAUGUACGGUCAGCCUAAAGUACAUCGUAUUGGUUAUCCGUUAAGACCUAUUAUUUCCUCCGUCGGUUCAUACAACUAUGAAUUGUCAAGACACUUGGCGCAAAUUAUUCAAAGAUAUCGUACUCCUCCUCCGUCAUUUGUUAAAGACUCAUUUCAAUUCGUAGAAAGAAUCAAAAAUAUAGAUUACGAGGAUGGUCAAACUAUGGUGAGUUUUGACAUUGAAUCGUUAUACACGAAUAUUCCUGUGUACGAAGCCAUCGAGACUGCAUUGGGCCUGAUUUAUGUUGUCGGUAUUAAACCCAAUGAUAUUCCAUAUUACAGAGAUGAGAUGAAAAAAUUAUUAUACUUAGCGAUAUGUGAUGUUCCAUUCAGAUUUCAAGCAGAAUUAUACAAACAGAACGAUGGUGUUGCUAUGGGCAGCUGUUUAGCUCCUAUCUUGGCCGACAUUUUUAUGAUUAAAUUAGAACAAAAAUUAAAUAAAUUAUCGUUUAACAAACCACAAUUGUAUUUAAGAUAUGUCGCCGAUAUAUUCUGUGUGUUUUCAAAAAAACAGAAUUAUGAAGCAUUUUUAAACACCAUCAAUCAAUGGCAUCGAAAUAUUCGUUUUACUGUGGAAGUUGAAAAUAAUGGACAAUUGCCGUAUCUUGAUGUUAUGAUCAUGAGAAAUAACAAUGAGAGAAGAUAUGACACAAGGCUGUACAAGAAGCCUACUGAUACCGGGUCAUAUUUAGUAUAUGAAUCAAAUCAAUGUCGAUGGUACAAGCUAGGUCUCAUUAAAACGCUGACAGUACGCAUUCUUCGGAUCUGUUCAACACCACAACUGAUUGAAACGGCUAACAGAUAUACUGGGCGAUAA